AUGAACGUCGACGACCUGGCGGUGGCCCUGGGCAAGGCGACGCUGGACUGCCUCAACCCGCGCGGCCCCCUCGCGCAGUACGCGCAGGUGCGCGACGUGUGCACGCUGAGCAUCCUGGUCAAGUCCGCGACCAAGGGGCCCGCGGUGGUCAACGCCGACGACUCGCGGGAGACCGCCGCGGUGCGCGCGGCGGCGAACGCGCUGGUGACGUCGUACGACGAGCUGGGUAAGGAGCUCGCGAAUGAGACGACGGGCGGGGCGCGGGCGGCGGCGUUCGAGGCGUCGCGGGCGAGGCUUCGGGACACGGCGGCGGCGCUGCUGGAUUGCUUCCGACUCGACGACAGGUUCGCGGGGCCGAUCCGAUCGGACUUUCCCGACUUGUUCGGCGCGUGA